CCCCAUCUCCCCAGCUUUUCAACUUCUCCGCUUACCGCUGAGGUGGGCCAGCUCCCAGUCGACUGCAACAUCUUAGGGUUGCCACUCAAUCACACGAGCGACCGAGAUGUUUGCCGACUCUCAGCUAGAACUGCUUGCGCUGCUGGAGAGGGUCUUCUCUUCAAUCAGCCUCGUGUCCGUACUACUGAUUUUCGUGACGUACGGAAGCAUACCGAGGCUCCGCAAUCCUCGAAAUACCUUCAUCGUGUUUGCUAGCAUCGCGAAUUUUGGUGCCAGCAUUGGGACUGUUAUUUCACGCGAUGGAUUGGCCCGUGGCGAGGAUUCGGCACUUUGCAGGGCGCAAAGCUUCCUGGUACACGUAUUUAUGCAGUCUGAUGCAUGGUGGUCUCUUGGCAUGUCGGUGAACACCUUCAGGAUUGUCUUCUUCCACUCGAAUCCGCAUACGUUUAACAAAUGGCUGUAUUCUCUGAUAUGCUUUGGAGGGCCAUUCAUCUCGGGAUUCACCCUGUUUUUCAUCUCCACUCCAGCCCGCGGACCCGUCUAUGGAGCGACAACUACUUGGUGUUGGAUUCGAGAAUCGUGGGUUAGCAUACGACUCUUUACUUCAUACAUCUUUGUAUGGAUCUGCAUCGCUACGUCAAUCAUUUUGAACACCAUGGUUGGCUUUCGUCUUUUUCGCGCAAGAAAUGAAGCUCGAGGUAUCUUGAACUCGCGCAUUCAGAACACAACAGUCGAUCACCAAACAGUAACAGAAACAAGUACCGACGCCUGUAUCCAGGGAUCCGAACAUACAUUCGUUACUGCCGUGGCUGUUACUCAUAAAUUAGCACCCGAUGCCACGAAUGUGGAGCCAAUUCCUCCUAACCAAACGCAACAAUCUUUAGGAUCGGCUACUGGUAGCACCAAGUCCAAGUUUUGGCUCAAAGAUCCUAUCAAACGGGCAUAUCUAUUUACAACAUUUAUGUUUACGCUGAGCGUCCUUGUGACGUGGGUACCAGCGAGCAUCACCCGUAUCCAUAGUCUACUUAACCGUAAUGUUCCAUACUCAUACCAAGUUGCCAUAGUGGCCGUUAUGCCGCUACAAGGUCUGUGGAACGCUUUGAUCUUCUUCACGACUAGCCGGGGCGUUCUAAGGGACGUGAUGCGGGACAAAUGGGGUCUUUGGGGUUUGAAAUCUGCAAAUAUAGACAGCGACUUGGUGGAAAUGGAGGCUGUCCCAAGGGUAAGGGUCAAUGAGCAUUCUGAAGCCACGGAUUCAGGAAGCGAUGUUGAACUCCGAUACCGGGCGAGGUGACUGUUUAUUUUGAUAAGAAAAUCACUUGUAUAAAGUAAAAGGCAAAAAUUGAGUUAAAGAGCAACAUGCCCUGCAGGGCCAACUUUCAGCCUAUGUUAACUAAGCUAACAGG